AUGUGCGGGCGCUAUGUGUUGGCCUUGAGGCCUUCGGAAAUACGGCACCAGCUCCAGGACGCCCAGAUGCCAGUUGACGACGCUCCAGAGGACAGUGAAGUUAGACAUACCUACAACUUCGCACCAGGAAAUCAUGGAAUCGUGUACAGAGCUGAUGCACCUGGCUUUGGGGGCGCAAGAGAUACCAGUGACAAGGAUGCUCUUGAUUCCCUUACAGCACAAGAGACCCCGCUAGACGACAAUCAAGUCAAGCACGAGUCAGAGAGUCAUGACACCAAGUACAAGCUGCAGGCCAUGAAAUGGGGUCUCAUCCCGUUCUGGACAAAGCGCAACCCGGACUAUGGCUCGAUGCUGAAGACUAUCAAUUGUCGAGACGACUCACUCAUCGAAGACCGGGGCAUGUGGACGUCCAUGAAGAAGAAGAAGCGCUGCAUUGUGGUCAUACAGGGCUUCUACGAAUGGCUGAAGAAGAACAAUGGCAAGGAGCGUAUCCCACACUUUGUCAAACGAAAGGAUGGCCAGUUGAUGUGCCUCGCGGGAUUGUGGGACUGCGUCAAAUACGAAGACUCGGAGGAGAAGCUCUAUAGCUACACUAUCAUCACUACAGAUUCGAACAAGCAGCUCAAUUUCCUGCACGACCGCAUGCCGGUGAUACUGGACAACGGCUCUGAUGCCAUCCGGACCUGGUUGGACCCUGCUCGCACCGAGUGGAGCAAGGACCUUCAAUCGCUUCUGAAGCCCUACAGCGGUGAGCUAGAAUGCUAUCCAGUCAGCAAAGACGUCGGCAAGGUGGGCAACAACUCGCCGCAGUUUGUGGUCCCAAUCAAUAGCGCCGAGAAUAGGAGUAAUAUUGCCAACUUCUUUGGAAAUCAAAAGAAGCUGGCUAAGGGCAAGGGAGAGCAGAAAUUGGUGCAAAAGACGGAAGAUGAUUUGACGGAGAAGGGAAUCAAGGUCGAACACGACGUCAGUGAGACUCGUGAGACUGAUUACCAGCAUGAUGGUACCGAAGACAAUGCCCCAUUGCCCACCGAAAGCCGAAGAGGAGUCAAGCGUGAGCAUAGGGAGACAGACGAUGAUGGUGGCACAGCAGACAGCCCAGCCCAACAGAAGCAGAAGCUGUCCGCGGAGCCCUCGAGUCAAUCUCCGAAGAAAACGCCCUCCAAACCGACGAGGAACACUAGGAGCGCAACGAGUAAUGGCACUGCGGCGAAGGCGAGUCCGAAGAAAAAGGCCGGGGAUGGCAGUCAGAAAAUCACGGCGUUCUUCGGAAAGUGA